GGAUCGGGAAACUGAUUUUAAAAAACCCGUGGAAAGUGAAAGUAGAGCAACAGCAUGGAUUCGUCGGAAGAAUGGGAAGAAGAGGAGGAAAUUUUGAUGGCUGAAUUGCAUGGCAUUUUAGAGCCAGACUUCCUGCAGACAGCCGAGGGAAAUUGCAAAGUUUUAGGAAUAGGUACAGAAACCCCUUACUUGCAAGUAGAUGGCUACACAUUCUCAGGGAAAUAUGUGGCACCUCUAGGAACCUACAUCAUCAUGGAGGAGAAAGACCCAUCAUCUGAAGAUAUUAAAACUGACGUGAGGAAAGGCAAAGAGUGUGCCAAACUCGAGUAUAUUACAUGCUUGGACAAGAAAUUAGAUUUGAAUCGAGCAUUUAUAUCACCCAAGGAAACCAAGGAAACAGGAAGCACAACUAGUUCUUAUACAUCAGAGAUUCCAAACACAUCAACAGCAGGCUCUCAGGAGACUCAGCAGAGUAGUAAUACACCCGAAAACACAGACAAUAACCAUGGUAACGUAGAUAGACCAUCCACCAUGGAGACAGGUUCAGAGGUCACCUAGAUGUAGAGGGAAUUAUGGGAAAUGUUUUACAUCACUGAUGAUGACACAUGAUGAUGAUGAUGAUGAUGAUGAUGAUGAUGAUGGAAGAGAUUACAACUGAAAACACACAGGAAUAUUGCUAAACAAGACAAUCGGAUUGCAUUGUUGGCACAUGUUCAAAAAGGUAUCAAUGGAUGGCAGCUAAUGUUAUGCAAAUGAUUGAAUUUUAUGCUACUGGUGUAUCAGUAUUUGACAAUAUACAGUCAUGUAGUUUGUAAAUUUGCACAUAACAUGUAUGAAAAUGUACAGACGAUUUUGAAACAGCGGGCUUGAAACUAUAAAUGUAUGUAAGCCUUUUUUGUGAAGUUGAAAUGAUGUAAAAUUUUGAUUACCUGUUUUUGAAUUUAUAUAUUAUAGCUAGGUUACAUACAUGUACAUGUACAUUGUAGGUUGAUUAAAAAAUUGCCUCAAGAU